CGUUCACAGCAGAACAGUGCGUUAAUAUGAUUCACGAGAGCUCGCCAUAUUAUUUAUUCUCGUUAAAUAAUAGCGAAACGUAGUGUGUUAAACCGUUCACAAUAAAAAUUCGAAACGAAAAUCGUUAGUUAUAUUAGAAUUGGAAUACAAAACUUAGUGAAAUAACGAGUACGUUCCGAAUAUGUUACAUAUUAUGCGUUAUUCUCUGACUAAAAAAAUUCGUGUUCGAGUAAUUUUAUCUUGCAUAUUUACGCUAUGUUGGGUUAUACUAACAUUGAUUAAAUACACGAAUAUUCAUGGUGCAUUACAAACAGUUCUACCCUGUAGUAUCAAAACCCCAUGCAACGAUACAGUACGUAUCGUACAAGAACAUUACAAGGGAACAGAAAACUUUUUAAUAAACACACCAGGAUGUUUUAUACCCAACUACGCGAAAUCACUGAAUUUCAAAGAAGCUAAAAUAAUUAAUAAAUCGUGUGGAGUGAGAGCUGUAUUCUUAAACAAACUAUCAAACGAUUACGUAAGAGUCACCAUAGACGAGGCAAAAUUUAAACUGUAUAGUAAAAAUAGAAGUGAUUACGACUGUUGCUACCAAUUCAUAACUCCUGAAGUGGUAUCAGGAAGAGAAGAUUACACAAAAAUAAGGUAUACGAAUUGCGAAUCGUUUCAAAAUGGAAUUCAAAUACAACUUAAAGAAGAAAUGAUAGCAAUAAAUUGUGCCAUAUUUAAGCCUCACAAAGAAAUUAUAUACAGAGAUGUUUACAUUCUAGUCAAGAAAAGGAAUAUCACGAAGUCAAACAAAUCUAAUAAUCCUUGGAACGUAAUGGUGCUAGGAAUGGAUACGAUGUCUAGAGGUCGCUUUAUUAGCAGUAUGCCUACAACGGCAAAAUAUUUACAAACUCACCAUUGGUUAGAUUUCAGAGGAUUUCAAAAGGUUGGUUACAACACGUUCCCAAAUGUAAUGGCCUUAAUGACUGGAAAAAACACAUCGGAGGUGCAUAGACUUUGCAAACACGGUAUGGACAAAUGCAAUGACGUAAUGCUGUGGAGUCAUUUUAAAAAAGCUGGUUAUUACACCGCCACAGGAGAGGAAUUCUUGAGACUACCAGAUACAUUUACAAAAUAUCACAACUUCAGAACACCACCUACCGACCAUUAUAUACGCCCAUUUUUCCUAGCUGGAGAAACCAUGAGUGGUAAUUUUAUUUGUGCUAAGAAACAACCAUCGGCCAAACAUAUGCUUGAAUACGCGUCUGACUUCGCCAAUAGUUACGUAAAAGAUAAUUUCUUCAGCAUGUUUUGGAUGAACUCUUUUAGUCACAAUUUAGAAAAUAUUCCCUCUCUAAUAGAUGAAGAUAUGGAAGAGUUCUUUAAAACCAUGAAUAGAAGCGGUGUUUUGAAUAAUACCUUCGUUUUCUUUUUAAGCGAUCAUGGUAUUAGAUACGGCCGAAUGAGGCUCUUGUAUGAAUCUUAUUACGAAGAGCGUCUACCGAUGCUAUACGUAUGGGUGCCAUUCACAUUUCGGGAUACAUAUACAGAAAUGUACAACAACCUGAUCAGAAAUCAAAACAGAUUAAUUACCCCAUACGACGUAUAUGUAACUAUGUUAAGUAUCUUAGAGGUAUCUCAAAAGAAAUUUCUAGCUAACUCAGAAGCAUGCCCAAAAUGUUCUAGUAUGUUCAAUGAAUUAUCUCCCUAUAGAACUUGUAGUGACGUCAAUGUAAGCGAAAAAUGGUGCAGCUGUCAUGACAUAAUUGAGUCCAAAAAAGAUAACCCAAUAGUGUUAAGAGCAUUGAAAAUAGCUAUUGACGAUAUACAGAACAAAGUGAAGACAAUUAAAACGAAGCAUUGUGCUGAGUGCCAAAAUUUGAAACUAAAGAGGUUUGUUAGAGCACACGAAUAUAAAAAAUCGGAAAAUAAAACGAUAUUUAUUUUAGCGUUCACACUGACGCCAGGGGAGGUCUCAUAUGAAGCUGAUAUUGAAUAUAGUGAUGAUCAAUUAAGUGUUAUAAACUCCACAGAGACAAUAUCCACAUACAACACGAGAGGAUACUGUGUAAAAAAUCCCACCGAUCGUGCCUAUUGUGUGUGCAAAAAACUGUUACAUUGUUAAAUAAAAUAAAAAAAAGAGAUCUAGUU